CUUUCCCGGCUCGGCGGCUUCUCCUGGGAUAACUGUGAUGAAGGGAAGGACCCUGCGGUGAUCAAAGGCCUGACUGUGGAGCCUGACCCCAUUGUCAUCCCUGGGGACAUGAUCGUCAGCGCGGAGGGCAAGACCAGCGUCCCGCUCACGUCUCCUCUGAAGGUGGAGCUAACCGUGGAGCGGGAGGUGGCUGGCCUGUGGAUCAAGAUCCCGUGUGUGGAGCAGCUCGGCAGCUGCACCUACGAUGACAUCUGCAAUGUGCUGGCCACUUACAUUCCCCCCGGGGAGCCCUGCCCAGAGCCCCUGCACACCUACGGGCUUCCCUGCCACUGUCCAUUCAAAGAAGGCACCUACUCCCUGCCCAGAAGUAACUUCACGGUGCCCGACCUGGAGCUGCCCAGCUGGCUCAGCACCGGGAACUACCGCAUCCAGAGCGUCCUGAGCCGCCGCGAGAAGCGGCUGGGCUGUGUCAGGAUCUCCGCUUCUCUGAAGGGCAAAUGACGCGGCUUUCGCCUCAGCCGAGCGAGGGACCGGGCGGGCACUCCUGUUCCUCCGCCUCGGGUUUGCUGAGGCCCGGCUGCAGCCCCCGGCUCUCUCUGCACGGUGCUCCGCGGGUCUCCGCCGCCUCGCUUGUGCCACUGCCCUUCUGUUUCCGGCUGGGGCCAGCAGCCCCACCCCAGGGGAUGCGCCCGGCAGCUCCUGAGCGCCCCGCACAUCUGCCGGGCUGGACCUGCUCCCCCCACCCGGGGACUUCCUUUCUCUGAGCUUCUUUCAUUUCCAGAACCGCCAAGUGUUUCUGACCCCUGACUUAGAAGUAGAGUACCAGUAUUAACCCUGGUCUUUUGUCCAAGCUCCUCCUGCAGGAAGGAGCCUGGAGGAGGCCCAAGUAGGUAGCCUGUUCCUCCACUAACCUCUGGAUUAAUUUUGCAUUCACUCUUGGUUUGCCUGGUCAGCGUGGCAGGGAGUGUGCGGGAGAGGCGGGUGUGUGGCGAAGGCAGCCCCACAGGUGCUAAUCAUCGUAAGAAUAGGCGUGCAAGGUCGUUUAGGAACUCGGGCGCCUGCAGGGCCAAGGAAGAUUGGGAACAGGGAGAAACAGCUUACUUCAGGUGUGACUCCUUGUUCCUGGGUAAAGACAGUAGAUCCCUGAGGAUUCCCACCGCUGUGACAAUAACCAGGCCAUGUGCACUGACGAGACAUCUGCAGUCCAGUCCGCGGUGGGCGCGGGGCAGCCGCCGGCUAGAUGCGGCCAGUGGGGACCGCGGAAGAACGCGACGGGUUCAGUGUGCCCAGGGUCUCCGCUUCCCUCCCUGGAGAGACCCAAGUCCAGGUUUUAUAUGAAAUCUUACAAGUUUUAAAUAUUGGCAGCUAUGUUUGGUACAGUGCACAGGCUGGAGGCUUGCCUGGGGUGUCCGGCUCGUGUGUGCCUUGUCCCCGGACCACGCCUGCCUUGUCCCUUCGGUUGCCAGGCAGCUCCCCGCUGAGCCUGUCUCCCCGCAGGGUCAGAUCCAGCAUCGGGGCCCGCAGAAGGCUCUGGCGGGGCUGAGCAGGUCCGAGUGGCCACUCAGGCGCAGGCUGCGGGGCUCGGGGCCGCCGGGAGUGGUCCCCACCAGCGGCUGUGCGGGCAGCAGAGAUCCAGGGAGGAGAGGGUGGCUUCCGUGCAACUGCCAGACCGUGCGGCUUCCUGUUGUGUGUGACAACCUCCUGGAGCACAGAGCCCGUGUUCUGGGCUCCUUUGGAGCAAUAAACCUUUUUACCACGCUGAGAA